UUCCAAACGUUGUCGGUGUCAUGUGGAUGUGAGUUGUAAGAAGGAGUGAUAAGGACACCUUUCGUGUACUGGCAAGAGCACAGGUGAGAUUGUUAGUAACCCGGAGAAAAAAAAACGUGGUUUCUAUUUUGUGUGAGUAUUUAAUGACGUUAAUGGUGUCUACGUGUAUUUAACUGCGCGAGAAAGGCAGACCUGGCUUCCCACUUGACGCCAAGCUCAGGGGGUCAAGAGCGGAGAUUUCUUCACAAAAGGAGUGGCAAGUGGGGCUGAUAGAAUUCGAUUUUUUGUGAGAAAUACACAAUAACUUCAAUAUGGCUUCUGGUAUGCCAGACAGGAAUUUUCUUGUGACUGUCUUCCAACAGGUGGACAGAGACCGCAGUGGGGCCAUUGAUGCAAGAGAAUUACAGUCUGCUCUUUCAAAUGGCAAUUUUACACCAUUUAAUCCAGAAACAAUUAAGCUUAUGAUUGGAAUGUUUGAUAAAAAAGGAUCUGGAACAAUUAACUUUGAUGAAUUUGGAGCUGUCUGGAAGUAUGUAACAGAUUGGCAGCAGUGCUUUAGAUCAUUUGAUCGAGAUGGUUCUGGCAACAUUAGUAAAGAUGAACUAAGAACUGCUAUUACUACAUUUGGUUACAGGUUUUCAGACAAGUUCUAUGAUGUCCUCAUGCAACGUUUUGACAGAACUGGAAAAGGUGGAGUUUACUUUGAUGACUUCAUUCAGUGCUGUAUUGUUCUUCAUACACUGACGCAGGCCUUUAGCCAAUAUGACCAGGAUCGCGAUGGUGUCAUCACGAUCUCAUAUGAACAGUUUCUUCAUAUGGUGUUUAGCAUCAGGACUUAAUACUGCAUAAUGUAAAUCUCUAGAAAAUCAGUCUUUCCAUGUUGAUAAGAAAUUAACUUUACUUAAAAAAGGAUGUGCUAAUUCUGUAAUUCUGAAAUGGACCACAUUAAGAUAUUAAAUGUUAACUUGUAA